CACAAAUCAGAACUAUACUUCAGGAUCUAUCUUCUCUGCGCGGAAGAAGCUGGCAUUUCUCCUCGAAAACCCUAACCAGAAAUCCGAUUCCUUUACUCCUUCGCAAGAAAGAUUCGAUGGCUGGGAUUGGUCCGAUUACGCAGGACUGGGAGCCCGUCGUGAUCCGCAAGAAAGCUCCAAACGCAGCUGCUAAGAAGGACGAGAAGGCUGUCAACGCUGCCCGGCGGAUGGGCGCGGAGAUCGAGACCUUGAAGAAGUCUAAUGCUGGCAGCAACAAAGCAGCUUCAAGUAGCACAACAUUGAAUACAAGAAAGCUUGAUGAAGAAACAGAAAACCUUUCUCAUGAUAAGGUUCCGGCUGAGCUGAAGAAGAAUAUCAUUCAAGCUCGAAUAGAUAAGAAACUAAACCAGUCGCAGCUUGCACAGUUGAUCAAUGAGAAGCCCCAGGUGAUUCAAGAGUACGAGUCCGGGAAGGCAAUCCCAAAUCAACAGAUCAUCAACAAACUGGAAAGAGUCCUUGGAGUGAAACUGCGGGGUAAAAAAUAAUUUUAAGCUAGUAUGUCUUACAGAUCAUGAAGGCAUUAUUUGAAACUAUGUAUUGAGUUAUUGUGCCGUUAGUUCCUGUGCUGCUUAUGUUAGUCAACCCUUGCAUGUGUUCUUGUAUUACCUUGUAAGUGAAUUUUAGACUGUUGAUGGCUUUCAUGAUUAAUGUGCAUCUGUUUCGCUUAACGUGCCUGCUAAA